AGGACAGGUGUUUUGGUCGCUGUUGUAGUUCAAGUAGUGUUCGUUCCGAAAAUUAUAGUGACACGGUAUGGCAUAGCACGUGGCAUUGCCAAGGGAGGGCCGAAAGGAGCUGCCAGACGCACGCUUCAAAAACGUUUUGCACGCAAUUUACUCAUAAUUAUUCGCAUUCGGUAAUCGCCUGUACGAUACGAAUAUGUGAUUAUUUUGAACUAUGGUCGAUGUGUCGGUAUGAGUAUACACUCGCGCAUGUUUGUGCACAAUAGAUGUUUGUUUCCCGCACUCAUGUAUGUAUGUGUAUAGGCUUAUAAAGUGCGGCGUUAAAAUUGUUUUGUGUCCGUUGGUAAACAUAUCGCGCGCAACUCGGCAACUCGGCACAAAGGCAUAAAAGCGCCGCUGUGGGAAUCAGUUUAAGCGAAAGCAUACAAGGAAAUAUUUGCACUCCCAUGAAACUCAUCACGCGGCCUCUUUAACUACGCCAAAAUAAGCUUCAGCUAUUGUGGCAAUUUAACACCAAGUGAAAUAAUUAUAAUCGAAAUAGUAGUGUCUAUUCAAAAUUUAGGAAAAAAUCAAUAAACAUUUUUAUAUGGCUUAUAUAGUUUUGAAUUAAACAUAUAAACUACGAGUAGCAUAAAAAAUAGUAUGUGAUGAAAUAUUAAAAAUAGUCCCAAUCAUCAUGAACGCUUCACAAGUUCUAGCAGUAAUAAUAACCGCGAUUGUAACGUAUUUGAUACCUUUUGAAUUGCAACGAAUUCGCGCUCAAACCAAUCAACUUGCCCGCAUGCCCAUCUUGCCAUUUGCCGCCACUUUUGCAAGCUCAUCCGCUGAAGCUAAGCAAAUUUCACAAAGAACUUUCCAGCAAGACGAAAGCACUAACCACAAAGUCCAAAAAAGCUGUGUAAAAUGUAAUAAGCAACAUUUGAAAAAGCCGCCACUGUCGUGGAAAAGCACUGCAUCACUAGCGAGGCAACACACGGCAGCUGAAAGUUGCCAUUAUUGUCAUCAACGCAAACGUCGCAGCGUAUUCCAUGUGCGCUGGAAUCCUAAUGAGAAGUUCGUCGUGGAAAGUCGGGAGAAACCAGCAGUAAACUCUACAAAACUUUCACCACAUCCCCGUCUAAAGUUAUCGAAAAAUACAAAACUUACCUUCAAUCCAAAACUAUUCGUCUGUCACGAUAUGCUUUUAGAGAAUUGCCAGAAUAAAACUGCGAAUUUCCGUCAACAUAUAAUUCACAUUUUUGAAAAAUCAUUAACCGACUCAACAAACGAAUCCAAUUUCUACAAUGUUCACUUUAAGCCUGUAUUUGCCAACAGCUUCGAAGAGCAGUACUAUCCAUCGCCUUGCUUGGUUAUGGACGCCGGCGUAAGGAUAUUACGUCGCAAGGAUCCUCCGUUUCACAAAUUGGAAAUUGGAAAACUCUUCCCUAAGCAAAAAUUAUUCCGCAAAAUAAAGGAUAUUAAGGCAUGCGCAAUUGUAUCAAGUGCGGGUUCACUUUCCGGUUCAAAGAUGGGAAAAUUCAUCGACGCACAUGACGUUGUGAUGCGAUUUAAUCACGCGCCCACGUUGGGAUAUGAAGUGGAUGUUGGCAGUAAAACAACAAUUCGAGUCUUAAACUCUCAGGUCGUUACCAAGCCGCAGUUCAAUUUCACUCACGCACCGAUCUUCCAAAAUGUCACAAUUGCCGCGUGGGAUCCGGGAAAGUAUAAUACCUCGCUGAAAGAAUGGACGACUUCAGCAGAUUACGACUUGUUCACCAACUAUGGCAUAUAUCGGCGCAACUACCCGAAAUCACGGGCAUUCCUCAUCGAUCCGCAUUCUGUCUGGCGUCUAUGGCAAAGUUUACAAACAUUUGUCGGGAAACGUCCCAUUCGCAAAAAUCCACCAAGUUCAGGUUUCAUUGGUCUCGCCUUAUUGCUGCCGUAUUGUCCUUAUAUAGAUUUUAUCGAGUACAUUCCCUCAACGCGCCUAAACGGUCGAUGCCACUACUAUAGUAAGGAGAUGAACUCCGCAUGCACUUUCGGUGCUUGGCACCCCUUGGCUGCUGAAAAACUAAUGGCGCUAGAUAUGAACCUAGCAGAUGACAUGUCCGUCUUUCAGCAUGGAAUUUUACGAAUACGGCGCCCAGACAAGUUACUUUGCGGAUUUAACUUUUUUGGAUAUUGAUCGUAUUGAUAAGCAGCAGUUGCAAAACCACAAUAAUAAUUAUUUCUCUUUGAAGGUGUAGCUUACUAUUGUAAGAAUACCUUAAAUGUAAUAAUGAUU